AUGGCGGGUCGUGGGGAUGACAGGCAGCUGCAGCUCAGCCUGGUGGACCUGCAGGAGUUCAACAGUGAGGCGAUUCUGCGCUCGUUUGUGUGCGAGUACGCGGAGAAGCACGGGUUUCGGGCCGUCAUCACACACUCCAACGACAAGGCGAUUCACUUUGCGUGCCAGCACCACAGGCGCAGCGGCAGGAAGAACGGGUCGGAACGGCAGCCGCUGGAGCAGGGCUGCCCGUUUGCGCUAGCGGCGUACCACUCGAAGAGCACGCGCAGCUGGACACUCAAGACGAAGAACUGCGUGCACAACCACCCGUGCGGCAGUGCGCAAAACGCCGCCCAGAAGCGUGUCUGUGCAGACAUCGCCGCCCUGCACCGGGCAGGAAACAAGCCGGCGUUCAUCCAGCAGAAGGUGGUGUCGAACCACCCGGACAUGGAGCACGUCGUGACGAGGAAAUUCGUCUACGAGACGCUCCGCAACCUGCGCAAGAGAGAACUGCGGGCCCGCAGAGCUGCUCCACCCCUGGAGGACAGCCUUCUGGAGACAUAG